GCGAAACCCGAAUCUCAACCGCGCACGGAGAAGACGAUGGGGUUCGUCGCGCUCGCCGUGGCGGGCGGCGGAUUCAUCUCCAUCGGCGCACUCGAGGCUCUCGCGGCGUCGGGUUCGCUCGCGGGCCGGACGGGCAGCCCCAGCCCUCCCUCGCCGCGAUCGCCGCCCCGGUCGGGAACGAAGAUCGGGACGUCUUUGAUCUCGCUCGUCUCGGUUUCCGUUCUCUCGUCCCUGUUCGUGGUCAACUCGCUGAUCUCGCUCGCCGGCGCGGCCGGGUCCGGGGACCGCGUCGGCUCGGCUCUCCAGCUGCAGGUCGUGGCGGUGGCGGCGCUGUUCUUGCUGUACUCGGUCGCUGGCAUUUUGGUCAAUCUGACGAGCUCGUUUCCUUUGAGCCCUUCGUUGGUCGACGUGAUCGCUCUGUUCGCUUUCGUGGAGGAGUUCUUGGUGUACUACCUCCAGAGGAAGGACACGAGUGGGAUUGAGAACAGGUACUUCGAUCUCAUGCUCGUGCCCAUCGCGAUAUGCACCUUCUCUACGGUUCUGGGGUUGAAAUCCCCGAAAUCGGCGUUGCCAAGAUUGGCGCGCGCUGUGGGGUUGGUGCUUCAGGGGACGUGGUUUCUGCAAAUGGGGUUUUCUUUUUACACUGGCUUGGUUGCUCAUGGGUGUUGGUUGCAUGAGAAGAGUCGAGGGAAUUACACGGUCAAGUGCAAGGGGCAUUCUGAGUAUCAUCGGGCUAGAGCGAUUGCAACGCUUCAGUUUAAUUGCCAUCUUGCUCUGCUGGUGACCGUAGUGGCCGGGGUCUAUUCCCUGAUCGCGCAGAAGAAUGGGAUCCGAGGGGAUUUUGCAAAUUACAGGCCCUUAGGGGAAGAAGUUCAGAGUUUGGGCAAUCAUGCCCAGUUUUCUCUGGACUCUGAUGAAGAUGUUGGUGAUGGGAUCAGGGAAGAGGAGAACGUGGCGAAGCCGAAGGGUGCUGUGAUAGAGUUGAGUGCUAAUGGAUAUGGUUCCCAUCAUUGAGGGAGAGAGAAUGAAGUUUCUUGUUUGAGGAGGCUGACUUCAUGUUAUCAAUUUUCCAAGUGCUUAGAGAAGAUGAACCCGACUUUUAAUGUACAAAGUGAACUGAGGUAGCUUUUAUGUUGGUUUUCCAUUCUGUAAAAAAAAUUUCGGUUGCUAUAGUUUCUUGCUGCAAUUGUUGAGCUAAUUCUUUCAUGUUUGUAAUACGUAUCGAAUUUCUGUCUCUGUUCGGGUCAGGUCAGAAACCCUCUGCUGAAAUAGGGAAGCAUAUAAUAAAAUGCAAACUUUUGAGUGUGGUUCCCACGGA